UCUGAUGACAUCAUAUUUCAGUGACGUCAGUUUUUAGGUCUUUGUUGUUACUCUGCCCUCAACCAUAACGCAUUAGUGUCGUAAAGUUGCAGGGACUGUAGUAGUUGUAAGUUUCCUUCCGUUUAAACUCGAUUAAGUGGCUUUGGGUCACACCGUGGAUCGCUGUGCAGUGGAGCUGGUCCUCGGAGAGCGGCUGCUGUGGCUGCUUCCCGCCUGCCGAUGGCUAAUGACAGGCUGAGAGCGCUGGAGGAUGUGGAGAAGGAGAUAGCGAUGGUGCUGCAGUGUGCCGGUAAUAUUGUUCUUGAACUCUCCAAAGAUAAACACAAUGCCAGCUUCCUGGACAGACAGCUCAUCCAGUUCCAGAACUCAGUCAGCCGAGUGGAGAACGAACUAAGUGCCCAGAUCCGCUACCUUACACAGGUAGCGACUGGUCAGCCGCAUGAAGGUUCUACCUAUUCAGCCAGGAAGGACUGUCAGAUGGCACUGAACCGAGCCGAGUAUGCCAAGGUCAAAUUGGGAGAACUGGGACGCACCUGUGAAGUCAUGCUGGAGCAGCAGCAGCAGCAGACAUGAGAGUCAGCUGGUUGCUGGGAUUGAGAUCAUUGUGCUUGGACUGGCACAGCACUUUCAGAUACCUAAUGCAACAGCAUUUCUACGUAUUCCCCUCGUGUGUCACCACCGCUCAAGUUUUCACAGCCCUUCUCACUGUUGUUAAAAUACUGACGUGUCCCAACAAAUGUAAACAAAAACUCAAGGAAAGAAAAAAGCGUUUUUAUACGGGGGUCUGUGUAUGUUGUGUUUCUGGGUGAUUUUGUUAUCAGUUUAAGGAUCAGCUCAUAUGUAGAAACUGUCGAUACUUUUAAUAAAACAACGAAUCAUCUUUUGGGGAAAAACCUUUGUUGUGGUUGUGAUACAGAACCUCAUACAUUAAUCUGAAGGUCCACGGUUCAGUCUGUGGCUCCUCCAGUCUUUGAGAAAGAUGCCAAACAGUGUCCCCGUGAGUGUGGUCAGUAAUGUGCUCUGUGCAUAGGAUUAAAUGCCAUAUUCUAUAAAAGUGAACUAAAGACAGGUAUAGAGAUAGCUCAUCACAUGUAACACAGAUGUUUUUUCAGCUUUACUACAGUAAAUGACAAAUGCACAGGUAUUUAUAUUGUGCUUUUCUAGUCUUACUGCCCACCUUAAAGUACUUAUAAUAUGAUGACCAUCUACUAACAUUUAUACAAGUAUUAAGCAAGUAUUCUAUAAAUGUCAGUUUCAGGUAUAGAAGCUUAAUGUAGCAAACAUUUAUUAAUAGUAAUAAUAUAAUAUGGACAGAAAAACAAGUACUCAGCUGAGACACUGUAGAGUGCUCUCAUUGUAACCAGCAUGUGGAUAUUUUUGUUCAUUGGUUUUUGGUUGGACACUUAUGAUUGGAUGAAUAAUAACAAGAAAUUAAUGGACUAAUAUAUUUAA